GCGUGUCUCCCUCCCUCUCCGGCGCCCGCUCCUUCCCGCCUCGCGGCUCUGGGCUAGGGGUGCCCGGCGCCCCCGCCCUGCUUUGUCCCUGGUGCAGCGCCCCCUGCCGGACACCGCGCUGCGCCUCUUGGGGCCCGCGGCUUCCUGGCAAAGGUCAGAGAGUUCCCCGAUGCUUUUUCCUGACUGCGCGCGUAGUGGCUGUAAGCUGAACACCCCCUUGUUCUGCUAAGUGAUCCCACCUUGAUGUACUGCGCUGCUACAGGCCCAAAGCAACGAGGCCAGAGGAGACUGUGAACCAAGUCUUUCCGUUCCUUAGCAUAUUUACCCCAGUGUGGAAGGCUAGCUCUGGGGCAUCGACUCCUUCGGAACCAUGGUGGUGUGGCUGUGGAAGGUGCUGGUGGGCGUCGGUCUCUUCACCCUCACCCACGCGGCCUUCUCUGCUGCUCAGCAUCGCUCUCAUGCUCGACUGACGGAAAAGAAGUUUGAGCCGCUGCCGGCGGAUAUAGUUCUCCAGACACUUUUGGCCUUUGCACUUACCUGUUACGGCGUGGUUCAUACUGCAGGGGACUUUAGAGACAGGGAUGCUACUUCGGAACUAAAGGACAUGACAUUUGACACCUUAAGGAAUCGCCCAUCUUUUUAUGUGUUUCACCGUUCUGGCUACGGACCGUUCCAGCGUCCAGAUUCAACUCAUUCUUCAAAGCUCAGCAUGUCAUCUUCUGACUUACGGUUGAAGUUUUGAAAGUUCAAAUCACCGCGCCAUUCAGCUUUUUUAACGAGUUAAGUAACAGGACAGACGCAGAAUUAAGUACCGGGAUUUGGGAUGUAAAACACCCCGUACACAUCAGUAUUUUUACUGAUAAUUCAGACUUAAUU